GCGGCGGUGGUCUCUUCUUCUCUCGCUCGUCACUCGUCACAUGACCCGCACUACUGUACGGUAGGCCAUAUUUGACAGUGGGCACUAGUUUAGCGAAGUGAGCGUGAGUAAAGAUCGCUCCUGUUCCGGACUGUCGUCGCGUUCCGACAACCUGUAAAUACUCGUGUAGAAUCCCGUUUGACGCCGCGAGGUCUUGAACAAGAACGCAACAAUGGGUGAUCAAAAACCAUUAGGAGAGCAGAACCCUGUUUACGCACCGUUCUUCGGUGUGAUGGGCGCCGCCUCAGCUAUCAUAUUUUCUGCUCUGGGAGCAGCAUAUGGCACAGCAAAAUCUGGCACAGGAAUUGCAGCUAUGUCUGUCAUGAGACCAGAACUUAUUAUGAAAUCUAUCAUUCCUGUUGUUAUGGCAGGUAUUAUUGCCAUUUAUGGUCUCGUAGUAGCAGUCCUUAUUGCUGGUGGUUUGGAGGAACCUAGCGGCUACUCCCUUUUCAAGGGUUUUGUUCAUCUGGGUGCUGGCUUAGCCGUAGGUUUUUCUGGUCUAGCUGCUGGAUUUGCCAUUGGUAUUGUUGGUGAUGCAGGUGUUAGAGGUACCGCUCAACAGCCUCGCCUGUUUGUCGGUAUGAUCUUGAUUCUUAUCUUCGCGGAAGUAUUGGGUCUCUACGGUCUCAUCGUUGCCAUCUACUUGUACACCAAGUAAACGAAUGUUAGUGGCAGGAAUGCAAGACUCGUCGCCUGCAACCAACAGCGCUCCCCAUAAAUAUAUAUUUAUAUACAUAUAUAUAUAGUAUAUACAUAUGUAUAUAUUUAUAUAUGUAUAUAUAUUACGACUUGUUUCGACAUUUUACUUAAAAAACACAUUUCUCCAUACAUACUCACAUCGAGUCAUCCAAGCAUCCUUCUGUAAUUCUGUAUUAAAAGUUGAGAUGUAUUAGAGUUUGAGCAUUUAAAAAACAACAUUAUUCAUUACACAAAAACUGUAUGAAAGCGAAUUACCAAGAACAAGAGUGCUGACAAACCAUCAGUCGAUAAGAAAAAGAAAAACAAGCAAACCUUCAAGGGAAACAUCGAUUCAGUCUUGCAAGAAGAGGAUGCGUGUGUACAGAAGAUACAAAUAGAGAAGAAAAACGACAGGCGACAGGGAGUUUACACUGAGAGAAGAAAAAAAAGACCCCGUUACCCCAUGCCGAACAUUUCUCUUUCACUGUAUAGUAAUCAUUUGUAGUGUAGUUUGACAUUGAAUUAUCAAGUAAGAUAAUCGGCUCUACUGAGUGUAUAAAGGAAAAAAAAUGUUAUUGAUAAAAGAAUAUUUAGCACAAUUAUGUAUUAAAAUGCAAUUGAAGCAACAGCAUACAGAUAUUGCAGAUAUAUGUCUCUACGAGAGAGAAACAGAGAGAGAAUCUUAAGGAAAUGAAGUUAAGGAUAUCCAGAAUGAGAGAAAUGAACGAGGGACAUACGAAUUGCGUAUAGAAUGCAGCAUAUACGCAAGGAUUGUACAAAAACUGUAUCCUUCUGCGAAAAAAAAGAAAAACCACAGACAUUGUACAAUCAUAGCAAACAAGACACAAAAUAUAGUAUGUGAAAUGGAAGUUCUAGAAAAGGAAGAAAAAUAAGGAUGAAAACGUGAGUAGACAAAUGGACAGAUACAUGAUAGUAUUAAGUCAAUUCAGUGGCUGCUGGACGUAUCAAGAAAUCUUACAGAGAGCAACAGUGUACGGUUUAAUGGGCAAAUUGGUUCGGAUGACCGCUUAGGCCGGCGGUGAUUCCCUUCUCUGAGCUGAACAUACUUAUCUCGCGUCUCAUUCGGGAAUAUAUAUAUAUAUAUAUAUAUAUAUACACAUACAUAUAUAUAUAUGUAUACACGUUGAUGAAGCGAGAGAGUUAGAAGCUUAAACACGAAAACCGAUUUUAUUUUACGUUCCAGCGGUGUAAUGACUACCUAAGAGAAGGGGUUACGAGAUGAUAUGGUAAAAGAAAAGAAAAAUAAAAUAAUUUGUACAUUCCAUAAUAAGUUCGUUCAGUGCAGGCGAGCGGGCGCUUGUAACGGCGCGUGAAGGAGGAGUAUAAAUCGUUGUUUUUUUUUUCAUUAUUUUUGAAGAGAGAAUAUCGAUCGAAAAAAAGAGAAAAAUUCAAGUGCGUUCGAUGCGUUUAGCGUUCUGUAGUCGAACGGGGGGACAACUACAUGGAAAGUGCAUGCACGCAAGGUGUUCUCGAAUGGGGUUCAUUGUCAUGGGAGCUGACAGUGAACCCUUUGCACGGCUAUUGUUCGAUCGGCCACCACCUCUCCCCGUAUGCAGAACAUCACGCGAAGGAACAACCGGGGGUCGCGUCCGCUUGCCAAAAUUUUAUUGACUGCGCAGUAUUUUCUAUCUAACGAGAAAAAAACAACAACCGAGCUCAACGUGUAGGCGCAUUUCCGGGGGAGCACCAGGAAACCGCGUGCUGUUUGUUGAACGUAAGGCUAGAGCAACAAGUGAAGAUUACGUUCUUUAAUUCUAGCCAAACACACAAAACAAUCUGAUUUUAUUAAUUACCGAAACAUAAUGAAUUACAAACGUUUGCCCCUUUUGCUAAACAAUUAAAUCAUUGUUGAAAUUAGCUUGUCCUGCUCUGUCUUACGCUGAACGGACAAUCCACCGAGUGAUACGUGAUGGAACAACUUUUAGUUCGGAUAACGAACGUGUAGCGUGAGUUACACUGUUUCACAACGAACAUGUCCGUGAACGAAAAUCAGAAGACGGAAGUCGUUUCGAGCUUUCUUGGUACCGUUCUUUUUUUGUUGAUCGCCGGUAGACCUCGCUUGAAAAUGCACCUAUAUAUAUAUUCUAUACAUACAUACAUAUAAAUAUAUAUAUAUAUACACGUAUAUAUAUCAUCGUCGUCAUCGUGAAAGAUCGAACAGGUAGCCGACAGUUAAAUUCGAUCGAAUUGUCCUUUCGAAUUCUUAACAACGACAAUUUCAUUAAAUAAAAAAAGGAUACUAAAACGAAAGAAAUGAAACACACAAAACGGCGUGUAAUGGAAGUGGAAGAAAAUGUCGAGAGCCUCUUGAUGGAGAACUCAUAACUAGCGAACCGGGGGAGCGGUGGUGGUGUGGCUUUCUGCAAUGAACGAGAGAGAGAGAGAGAGAGAGAGAGAAUGCGUAAUCGAUCUUCAUAUAAAGGAAUCACUUAAAAAAGAACAAAAAAGUUUACAUAUAUUGGACAAGAUGCAAGCACACGAAUAUACUAUAUGCCAACUUACCAAUCUUCCCUAUCCCCACCCUUUAAUCCUUACCAAUGUUUAGUGGAGAUAAUUAAACAUCUGCUGUGUAAUCAUUAGGCUGCGGAUGUUGAUGCAAAUCGUUCGAACAUCGUGUUUUCCGUUUGACGACAUCGAGCAAACACUUGUUUCUCUCCGUAUGCUCUGUAAUAUGUAAAAAUUGCAUGUAUGUUUCACCGUAACAUUUUAUCCUGUAUGCUUCUUCAGAAUCGCAUACACAACCGCAGCCUUUGUAAUCAUUAAUUGAGCGCGUGUAAUGUAUAUAUCACCCGCCAUGCUUCCUACACACUUGUACGAUCUAAAACUGAAAAAAGAAGAGUUAGGCUAGAUUAGGUUAGGUGUUAUUGUAUACCAAAACCUUGUGUAGCUGAGAGAAAGAGGUGUAAUCACACGAUGUGCAGUAGGUGUAUUUGUGUGUGUGUGUGUGCGUGUGUAGAACGUGUGUGUCGAAAAAAAUAGAGAAUUUGUAUGCAGAUAGCGAACGAAUGAAAGGCAUAAAGAUAAAGAAACACUGGCAAAUGUAGAGAUCGCUGUUACCGACGCCGCCGCCGCCCCCACGUACUAUCUUCCAGUGUUACUAAAAAAAAAAAUGAAAAAUAGACUCAAUUGUUGAGCGCAAAAAAGUGAUACUGAUCAAUAAUUAUUUAUGUUAUGAUUCGUCCUCGAUGUUACAGAAAAAACCGUGUUUAAUAAAAAUUUAAUUUGGACAAACAAAGUAUCAGUACUCACUUUUAUCAUCGGAAUGAACCUAGCUGUAUACACGUAUCCAAAAAGAACAUUCAUGAAAAAGAGACACACAAAACAUAUACACGUGCAUAUUAACAGUCUGAGUAAUUAAGGAAUGAUUCUGAAUUAGAAUGUUCAAAGAAAGCUUUUCAUCAAGGUCCUUAACCUGUUACCUGGGCGUCAUUUUUCUACCACGAAAACCUGUACGGUUCUAAUUAACGAUAAAUAGUAACGAAAAGAUAAAGAAAAUUACCUUUUAAUAAACUUAGAUUGUUCAGCCGCAUAAAUAGCCCUAUCGCUAGAGAUACACGAAGCAUAAUCGACAAGUUAAUUCGUAUGUCCCAGUUAACAGGUUAAGGGUCCAUUCAAGAUAUCCCAUUCGAUCUAGAGGCCAAGUUAGGAACGCCCCUUAAUCACUCAAGACCGAUACAUCUUUGAUCACUGCCAUUCAAUUUAAACGAGAAUGAAAAAGCCAUAUGCUUUCUACACACCGUCGCCGGCGUUGGAAGUCUAUUUGCGUAGCAGAAAUCGAACGAGAAGAAGCCAGUCGAAGAUAAACUCGGACUUUUAGCUGGAUUUCUUAACCUGUUAACCGGGCUGGGACGAGUUGACUCGUCAUCCAGUCGCCCUCUGUUUUCUUAUCUAAACAAUGGUACCUGUACUCAACUGUAACUCGACAACUGUGUAUUAGCAUAAAUUAAUUAAAGUAUUUGUGUCCGUUGUAAAGGAAACUUUAGAGCAAUUUUCUUCGUUGAAUAAUUAGACCGUGGAUCUUCAUGUGAACUUGAGUGUCGGUCGUCAGACGAACUUAACACUAGAAGCAUCGAACAGUCGAAUCGAUUAGUCUCGAUCUUACUGAGAUUCGAAUGUUUAAAUUUAAUUUCGUAUGUAACAUAAGCGGUUCAAUGAAUUCUCCUCACAAAAAUAUUGUUUUUCAUUCUAGUGUUAAGAAAACAAAAAUUACUGUACAACUUUACUGUCUUCGCUAAUGGUCUUCAGCGAAUGAGAAAUAAAAUUUCAAUUAAAUUCCUGUU